GAUGCUCACUUACCACGAAAAUGAAUGCGAUAUCAGACCAACCCAGCAUAGCUUUGGAGCACAGGAAGUCCUCAAAACCAAUAAUGGAAAAAAGGAGACGCGCACGGAUAAACAACAGCCUUUGUCAACUGAAGACACUUAUUUUGGAGGCACUAAAUAAAGAUACUACUCGGCACUCCAAAUUGGAAAAGGCAGAUAUUCUUGAAAUGACGGUGAAGCACUUAAAAUGUCUAAAACGAGCACAAAUUAAUGCAACUUUUGGCAUCAGUCUACCUAUGCUUGGCAAGUACAGAGCUGGAUUUAACGAAUGCAUCCACGAAGUGUCCCGCUUUAUGUCCACUCAUGAGAGUGUGGACACCGAAGUGAAGAACCGUCUCCUUUCUCAUCUGGUCAGCUGCGUUUCACACUUGGACAUCAUGUCUUGUCCACCCCAGCAGCAACUGCGCUCAUGCGUGCCAAAACCGGGAUUCGAACCCCCUCCGGUUCUGCACAUGAAUGGUCCACAUUUUAUUUGGCCUCCAGAGGCUUCAAAGUUGCACUGCGGACUCCAGUUUGUGCCAUCAAUUGAUGGGACUUUUUCUCUUUUGAUACCAGGUUCAUCCAGUAUUGGAUUGACCAGUCCGCAUAAUGGUGCACCUCAGGCUGGCGUGUCCUCGGGCGUGCAAAUGAACUCUCCAGAAUUGAUUUGGAGACCUUGGUAGAGCGUCAUGGAGACCGCAAUGUAACGAUAACAAGAAAUAAAAUAAAACUGCAAUUUUUCUUUUUUUCAAAGGGACUUUUAGCUAGUGAUGGUACCCAAGUUCAGCACAUAGGUUGAUUUUUGUAAUUUAGAAUAGGCUAUAGGCGACACCAGACUGCCCACUCGUCUACUUAGAAAUAAUAAACCGACCAAUUAUUUUCACAUGGAAGUGUGUUUUAUUAUUGAAUAUACUG